AUGAGACUGCAGUCUCUUUUCGCCUCGACAGCUCUGCUGUUGAGCUGCCUCCCCGCCGCGCUUGGCGAAGGCCUCGCCGACUCUUUGUCCAUCCUCCCCAGCUGUGCGGUCGACUGCCUCAAGUCCAGCAUUGAAGCCUCAUCCUGCGAACUAACGGACAACACCUGUCUCUGCACCAACGAUGAGCUCCAAGCAGCCAUCGAGGUCUGCAUCCUCACGUCCUGCAGCAUGAAGGAGGCGCUUUUCACCAAGAAUAUCACCUACACCGGGUGCGACAUGCCCAUCCGGAACAAGUCCCAAGAAGUCAAGGACGUCGCCGCCGUCCUCGGCAUCAUCACCGGCGUCUUCGUCGCGUCCCGCCUCAUCUUCAAGGGCUGGGUGGCCAAGAUGGGCCUGACGGCCGACGACUGGUCCAUCCUGCUCGUCGCCGCCGCCGGCGCGCCCAGCACCGCCCUCUCCAUCCACGGAACGGCCGCCAACGGACUCGGCCAGGAUGUCUGGACGCUGCCCUACGAGACGAUUACCCGGUUCGGCAUGUACUUUUACGUCAUGGAGAUUCUAUACUUCAUCAACGUCACCCUGCUCAAGGUCUCCAUCCUCUUCUUCUACCUGCGCAUUUUCCCGGCCAUCGGCAUCCGCAGGAUCCUGUGGGCCACCAUGGCCUUCAACAUCCUCCUCGGCCUCGUCUUUUCCAUCACCGCCACGUUCCAGUGCCAGCCCAUUAGCUACUUCUGGACAAAGUGGGAUGGCGAGGGAGACGGGAAAUGCGUCAACGUCAACGCGAUUGCUUGGGCCAACGCCAUCAUCAGCAUCGUCCUCGAUGUGUGGAUGCUCGGCAUCCCACUCUCCCAGCUACCCAAGAUCAAGCUCCACUGGAAGAGAAAGCUCGGAGUUGGCCUGAUGUUCUUUGUCGGCACUUUUGUCACCAUCGUCAGUAUCCUCCGCCUGCGAUCCCUCGUCACCUUUGCCAACUCCCACAACCCCACCUGGGAUAACACCUCCGUCACGAUCUGGUCCGUCAUCGAGAUCAACGUCGGCAUCAUCUGCGCCUGCAUGCCCACGCUGCGCAUCGCUCUCGCCCGCGCCUUCUCCAUCUUCAACGAGAGCACCAUCAACACCGGCUACGGCGCCGGCUACCGCAACCAGCCCAGCGCCUCGGGCAAGAUUGGCAACAGCCGUGCCGGUGCCGUUGCCUCCGGGUUGCCGGUGCAUCGCUCUGCCAACGCCGAAGGAAUCAUGUACAAGAAGACGUUCGAGGUGCAGUACAGCGACGAGUCGGCCCUCGUGCAAAUGAGGGACUUGUCGUCCGCGAGGGCGACGAGCGACGCAUCGUCGGGCAAGUCCUAA